CCUCUUCUGAAUCAUAGUACUCUAUGUACCCAAAUACUGAGCACAUUUUAUUGUCAACGAUGCCAAGUUCAGAUCUCUUUCUAGCAAAGGAGAACCCCGAUGAAGAUGUCAGCAUAAAACGCGCUCUCCAGUUUCAAAAUCAUCACUUCCAUGAAAGCGUCCCGAACUGUGCCAAGUCUACGGUGAUUUCUGACUUAGUCGUGUUAGAAUCGUCGACGAGACUGGAGAAUCCAAUUUCAGAUCUAAAUCAGAGCUGGUUUGCCCGAAGAAACAGUUCCCAGUCUCAUUCUACGGCCCAAAUAGAGAAGAAGAAAGAAGGACGGGGAGGUUAUGAAGCAGAAGAUCCCUUAUUAUCAAAAGAUAAUUGUAAGCUAAAGGUAGAAGAGCAAGAGGAAGAAAAUGAUGAAGAAGAAGAACGAGAAGAUGGGUUCAGAACUCCAACUUCUUUGGAUCGCAGAAUCCCAGAGGUCAAACAAUGCCCACCUGCACCCAGAAAACCCAAGCUAUCGCUAAAAAGAAAAGCAACUCACACGCGCAGUAGUACUCCACUUCAUCUUUCAUCAAAAGAGGUCCAACUAUUAUUCCCAGUUCAACAUAACCCACUUUCCGAUCCCCACAGAAGCACUAAGAAAGUUCGAAGAAAUGACUCCUAGUGAUCUCGUUGGCUCAAAAACUACCAUGUUCCAUAGUUUCCAUGUGUGUGCUAAUAAGGUGCAAGUGCAAAAUUUUGCUUUUUAGCGUUCUUUUUUUUUUUUUUACCCUUUUUAUCUGUCAUUAUUGUAGUUUGAAGGUUGGACCUUUCUAUGUAACUCUCCUGGACUUCUGGUGUUUAAAUCAUGAGACGUACGCUUGGUGAUUGGCACGUGUGUGAUGAGAGUUGCAUUGAAAUUCAUAUAACUAUCAUGGGGUGGUCAGGAGUUUAAUUUGAAUUCCCAAACUGAAGGUGGGUUGAACAUGAUUAUAGCAAAUCUUCACUUACCGCUUAUUCCAACCAUGACGACGCCUGAUGUACAUGUUAUGGUGGUGGGUUAUUAGAAAUAACUUUUUACUUUGUGAUGUAAGAGAACUUGAUCUCCAGAGAGUUUUGAUUACCUUGAUUGUUUUAUCGUGUUGGGUUACUAAUUGGUGUUUUGAUAGGAAUGAUGAUGCAAAGUCGAAGAAUAGCAAAAGAUAAAAUGUAGCGUAGUGUAGAGAGAGAGAGAGAGAGAGAGAGAGAGGCUAUUGUCUGUGUGAUUGUAAUAAUUUCAAGUUUUGAUUAUUAUCAGCUUCUUUUGUUCUUA